AUGGGGCAUGGUCACUACACACCACCUUUCAUACUCUCUUUGGUUAUGAAAUCCUGCGCAGCACUUGCCUUUCUCUCCAUUCUCCCGCUUGCGGAAGCCCGUAACUUUACGGUGCGCAAUGCAUGCUCAUUCACCAUUUGGCCUGCCAUUUUUACGGAUCUGAACGUUGGCACAGCAGUUCCCUCCAUAGAGACGGGUUGGGAGGCGCCUCCAAAUACUUCUCGCUCAUUCGAGGUGCCUGACAAUUGGACGGCUGGACGAAUUUGGGGUCGAAGUGAUUGCAACUUUUCGGUCAAUCCCGGCCCGAAUUCUUGUCUUACUGGUGGUUGCAACGGGGGACUAUUAUGUGAUAACACCACAGGGACUGGCGUUCCCCCUGCGACCCUAGCAGAAUGGACACUGAGUGGUGACGGAAAUCGCGAUUUUUAUGAUGUAUCUCUGGUCGAUGGGUACAAUCUGCCGAUGGCUAUCACCACUAACUCUGACUGCCCAAUUGCGGAUUGCCCGGCUGAUCUAGCCUCAAAUUGCCCGGCCGCGCUGACAGCCAAGAACUCUGCGGGUGCUUCUGUCGGCUGCAAGACCGCCUGUUUCGCCAAUCUGGACGGGAACCAGGCAAACUCGCCCAAUUGUUGUUCAGGCCAAUUCAGCACACCAGAGACUUGUCCUCCAUCGGGGAUUCAGUUCUACGACCACUUCAAACAGGGAUGCCCAAACUCGUAUGCGUACGCUUAUGACGAAUCUAGUAACACAGCGCUCUGGACCUGCGAUUCAACCAGGAAGGUCGAUUAUACCCUCACGUUCUGUCCAUCAUAA